AUGGAACCCAUCGGCCUGCUAGACACCCUACCCCUAGAGAUCCUCCUCUGCAUCUUCGAAUACCUCGACUUCCAAUCUCUCCUCCGCUUCACACAAGUCUGCCUACGGGCAAAGCUAACCGUCGAGUCGAUGCCCGCAUACGCAGAGAUGCGUCGGCACGCAGGAGAUACCCUCAUCGCCCUCGGCAGGACUCGUUUACUACGGUACCACUCAGCCGCUCUCCUCCGCCAGACGCUUCGCUCGGCCCACUGCGUCUCCUGCUUCGAUUUCGGCGGGUUUCUUUUCCUACCGACGUGUGAGAGGGUCUGCUUCGAGUGUAUGCACAAGAACAGAGGCCUCCACAUGAUGACGCUCAACACGGCAAAGAAGUGCUUCGACCUGACGGACAAGCAGCUCAAGAGCAUACCCAUCCUAUAUAGCAUACCCAACACCUACAACGUCAACAAUUUCAUCUCACGGAAGCGCAUGGUUCGCCUCGUGUGUGCCAAGCAGGUCAAGAAGCUUGCCCUCCAAAUCCACGGUCCCCAAAACUUGGCCAAGCUAAUCCCCAGGGCUCCGCCCCGGGGAAUAGAGAGGAACUCGGCCGUGACGAAGGAGUACUGGAUGCUCAGAGGAUUUCACGAAGCUCCGCUAGCGCCGAUAGGACGUCAUCUAUCCAUGCUACCCCUCAAUCUAGACCUCCCGGAAGACGAGUAUGGCGGGAUGGCAUCCAUACGCAUGCCCUACCUGAACAAGGAGGGCCGCCGGGAGCGUGGCCGCAUCUGCCAGGGGUGUCGUCUAAUCGUUGAUCUCUAUGACAAAGGUCAGCUCCCAUCCCAUGUUAUAAGAAGAUUGGUUCCGCCAGGUGUCCCUGAGUUUCUGCCGCUGUUCGGGCACAUGAACCGGAUGCGCUCCGAGGGGGGCUUUCGACAUCACAUCUGCUGGUGCUUUGGCGUGGGGCAACUGCUAAAGCAGUGGGGGUAUUUUACAAAACCGCAAGUCAAGGAGGCUUGA